AUGAAAUAAAAACUUUGGAUAGCUAUUCCUAAUGAAUUGAAAUGGAAAAAUGAAAAACCCAUUUUGAAAUCUGAAUUCUAAAAGUCUAACAAAAAAUUGAGAUAUUUGAUUGCUUAUGAUCAUUAUAUUCUUAUUACAAAAGUAUCUGAAAAUUCAAUAUUAAUAAUAGAAACCUGAAGAUCCUCCAAAGAAAUAUCUAAAGCUUGAUUUUGAAACCAAAUUUGAGAUACUUAGAACUCAAAUUUAAAAGAAAGAUGAAGAUGAUGAUUCAUUGGGUACUAUAAUAGGAAUGAAUCUAAUGAGAGAUCAUGGAUAAGAUUAAAUGCCAAGCUAUACAUUAUCAGCAAAUGAAAAAGUGAUAACUUAAUGGAGAGAAUUUUUUUAAUCUAGAAUUAAUUAAUGGUAAUUUCAUCAUCUUUUUAGAGUAUUCAAGAAAAUUGGAAAGGGUAAUUUUGCAUCUGUAAUUAUUACAUUAAAUUUUAGGUUUAUUUGGGAGAACGUAUAGAAGAUGGUGCAUAGAUGGCAAUUAAAGCAUUUUCAAAAUAAGCAGCAUAUGCAGAAGAUCAUGGAAAAGAAGCUAUUGUGAAUGAAUUAACAAUAAUGAGAAAAUUAAAUAAUCAUCAUCUAAUGAGAAUGUAUGAAAUAUAUGAAACAUCAAAUUCACUUUAUGUUGCACUUGAAUUAUUAGAAGGUGGUUCAUUAUAUGAUCUAAUCAAAGAAAAAGUCAUUUUAUCUACAAAAUAAAUUUAAUAAAUUUUAGUAGGAAUCUUACAAGGAUUGUGUCACAUGCAUGAAAAAGAUAUUAUGCAUAGAGAUUUAAAAUUAGAAAAUAUUUUAUUCAAAUAACCAAAGUAAUAUAUUUAUUAAAUAAUAUUUAAUAGGAAAAUGGAAACAGUGGUUGUAGCAGAUUUUGGUUUAGCCACUCAUGUAAAUGAACCAGUUUAUUUAUAUUGUCGAUGUGGAACUCCUGGUUAUGUUGCACCUGAAGUUAUCAAUAUUAAAGAUAUGAAAGCCCAUUAUAGUUCUGUUUGUGAUAUUUAUAGUCUUGGAUUAGUCUUUUAUUUAUUAUUAACUGGUAAACCUGCUUUUCCUGGAAAAAGUUAUGGCACUGUUGUCAAAUAAAAUAGAGAAGCUACUAUUGAUUUCACUUUAAAAUAAUUGUAAAAUGCUCCUAACACUGCUGUUGAUUUAAUAAAAAGAAUGCUUGAAAAAGAUCCUACUAAAAGAAUAACAGCACAUUAAUGUUUAUAGCAUCCAUAUUUAGCAGAAAUGAAUUAAAUAAUGUUAGAAGAUAAUUAAAAUGAUUUUAUUGAUGAAGGAGAAGAUAAUGAUUUAGGAAUGAGAAUGAAUGCAUUAAAUGAAGAGUAAAUUAUUAAAUAAAUUCUUGUAGAUCAGUUAAAUUUGAUGCAUUCAGAAGAAAUCAAGUGAUGAAUUCGCCUUAAUCAUCUCCUGGUGCUUUAGCUACUAAAUAAUUAAAACAUUAAAAAAAUAUUGAUUCUUCAAAUUAACUAUAAUUAAAUUCACCUUUAUUGACUGGUAAAACUGAUAGUGUUGAUAGUAUUCCUAAUAUUGGAAUGACUUAAUAGAAAUAAUAAAAUAAUUUUUAAGCCUCUCCAUAAAUAAAACCUUCCAGAUUUAAAUAGUAUAAAUUAAUUUUUUAUUUUUAUAGAACCAUUCCCUAAUAAAAAUAAGAGAAUCCAUUAUUAAAAUAUACUUAAAAGAAAGAAUGA